AUGGUCGAGUACUCCCUGGACCUCCAGAACAUCAACCUGUCGGCCAUCCGCACCGUGCGUGUCCUGAGGCCCCUCAAAGCCAUCAACCGUGUGCCCAGUAUGCGGAUCCUGGUGAACCUGCUCCUGGACACGCUGCCCAUGCUGGGGAAUGUCCUCCUGCUCUGCUUCUUUGUCUUCUUCAUCUUUGGCAUCAUCGGUGUGCAGCUCUGGGCGGGCCUGCUGCGCAACCGCUGCUUCCUGGAGGAGAACUUCACAAUACAAGGGGAUGUGGCCCUGCCCCCCUACUACCAGCCGGAGGAGGACGACGAGAUGCCCUUCAUCUGCUCCCUGUCGGGGGACAACGGCAUCAUGGGCUGCCACGAGAUUCCCCCGCUCAAGGAGCAGGGCCGCGAGUGCUGCCUGUCCAAGGAUGACGUCUAUGACUUCGGGGCGGGGCGCCAGGACCUCAACGCCAGUGGGCUCUGUGUCAACUGGAACCGCUACUACAAUGUGUGCCGCACAGGCAGUGCCAACCCCCACAAGGGCGCCAUCAACUUUGACAACAUCGGCUAUGCCUGGAUCGUCAUCUUCCAGGUGAUUACUCUGGAAGGCUGGGUGGAGAUCAUGUACUACGUGAUGGAUGCUCACUCCUUCUACAACUUCAUCUAUUUUAUCCUGCUUAUCAUAGUGGGCUCCUUCUUCAUGAUCAACCUGUGCCUCGUUGUCAUAGCGACCCAGUUCUCGGAGACCAAGCAGCGGGAGCACCGGCUGAUGCUGGAGCAGCGGCAGCGUUACCUGUCCUCCAGCACGCUGGCCAGCUACGCCGAGCCUGGGGACUGCUACGAGGAGAUCUUCCAGUACGUCUGCCACAUCCUGCGCAAGGCCAAGCGCCGGGCCCUGGGCCUCUACCAGGCCCUGCAGAGCCGGCGCCGGGCCCCGGGGGCACCCGGCUCCACCAAGCCCGGGCCCCACGCCAAGGAGCCCAGGCACUACAAGUUGUGCCCCCGACACAGCCCCCCGGACUCGACGCUCCACAUGCUGGUGCAGCCCAUCUCUGCCAUUCUGGCCUCCGACCCCGCCAGCUGCCCCCGCUGCCAGCACGAGGCGGGCCGGUGCUCGGGCCUGGGCAGCAGCAACUCGGGCCAGGAGGGCUCGGGUUCCGGGGGCUCGGGCUCCGGGGGCUCGGGCGGCGGCGAGGACGAGGCCGGCGGGCACGGGGCCCGGAGCAGCGAGGACGGGGCCUCCUUGGAGCCGGAGGACGAGGACGAGGAGGGGCGGGCGGACGGGGCUGCCUGGCUGUGCGGAGACGUGUGGCGGGAGACGCGAGCCAAGCUGCGGGGCAUCGUGGACAGCAAGUACUUCAACCGGGGCAUCAUGAUGGCCAUCCUGGUCAACACCGCCAGCAUGGGCAUCGAGUACCACCCGCAGCCCGAGGAGCUGACCAACAUCCUGGAGAUCUGCAAUGUGGUCUUCACCAGCAUGUUCGCCCUGGAGAUGCUGCUGAAGCUGGCCGCCUUCGGGCUCUUUGACUACCUGCGGAACCCCUACAACAUCUUCGACAGCAUCAUCGUCAUCAUCAGCAUCUGGGAGAUCGUGGGGCAGGCGGACGGCGGGCUGUCGGUGCUGCGGACCUUCCGGCUGCUGCGGGUGCUGAAGCUGGUGCGCUUCAUGCCCGCGCUGCGGCGGCAGCUCGUGGUGCUCAUGAAGACCAUGGACAACGUGGCCACCUUCUGCAUGCUGCUCAUGCUGUUCAUCUUCAUCUUCAGCAUCCUUGGGAUGCACAUCUUUGGCUGCAAAUUCAGCCUCCGCACGGACACGGGAGACACAGUCCCCGACCGGAAGAACUUUGACUCCCUGCUGUGGGCCAUUGUCACGGUGUUCCAGAUCCUUACCCAGGAGGACUGGAACGUCGUCCUCUACAAUGGCAUGGCCUCCACCUCCCCCUGGGCCUCCCUCUACUUCGUUGCCCUCAUGACCUUCGGCAACUACGUGCUCUUCAACCUGCUGGUGGCCAUCCUGGUGGAGGGCUUCCAGGCGGAGGGCGACGCCAAUCGCUCCUACUCGGACGAGGACCAGAGCUCAUCCAACAUGGAGGAGUUUGACAAGCUCCAGGAGGGCCUGGACAGUGGCGGAGAUCCCAAGCUCUGCCCAAUCCCCAUGACCCCCAAUGGGCACCUGGACCCCAAUCUCCCACUGGGUGGACAUCUGGGCCCCACUGGGGCUGCAGCAUCCGCCCCCCGCCUCUCGCUGCAGCCAGACCCCGUGCUAAUGGCCUUGGGCUCCCGCAAGAGCAGUGUCAUGUCACUGGGGAGGGUGAGCUGCGACCAGCGCUCCCUGUCCAGCUCUCGGAGCUCCUAUCAUGGGCCGUGGGGCCGCAGUGGGGCCUGGGCCAGCCGUCGCUCCAGCUGGAACAGCCUCAAGCACAAGCCACCGUCGGCGGAGCACGAGUCCCUGCUCUCGGCGGCGGAGCGCAGCAGCGGCGCCCGGGCCUGCGAGGGCGCCCGGGAGGAGGGGCCGCUGCGGGCCGCGCCCCUGCACGCCCCGCACGCCCACCAAGCGCAGCACGGUCCCCACCUGGCGCACCGUCACCGCCCCCACCGCCGGACACUGUCCCUCGACACCAGAGAUUCGGUGGACCUGGCCGAGCCGGGGCCCGCCGUGGGCACCCACCCACGGGCUGCCUGGAGGGCGGCAGGCCCGGCCCCCGGGCACGAGGACUGCAAUGGCAGGAUGCCCAGCAUCGCCAAGGACGUCUUCACUAAGAUGGGCGACCGCCUGGCUCGCGGGGAGGACGAGGAGGAGAUGGACUACACUCUGUGCUUCCGCGUCCGCAAGAUGAUUGACGUCUACAAGCCUGACUGGUGUGAAGUCCGCGAGGACUGGUCUGUCUACCUCUUCUCCCCUGAGAACAGGUUUCGGGUCCUGUGUCAGACCAUCAUCACCCACAAGCUCUUCGACUAUGUCGUCCUGGCCUUCAUCUUCCUCAACUGCAUCACCAUUGCCCUGGAGCGGCCCCAGAUUGAGGCCGGCAGCACGGAACGCAUCUUCCUCACUGUGUCCAACUACAUCUUCACAGCCAUCUUCGUGGGCGAGAUGACACUGAAGGUGGUCUCGCUGGGCCUGUACUUCGGUGAGCAGGCGUACCUGCGCAGCAGCUGGAAUGUGCUGGAUGGCUUCCUUGUCUUCGUGUCAAUCAUCGACAUCGUGGUGUCCCUGGCCUCGGCCGGGGGAGCCAAGAUCCUGGGGGUCCUCCGGGUCCUGAGGCUCCUGCGCACCCUACGGCCCCUGCGUGUCAUCAGCCGGGCACCUGGCCUGAAGCUGGUGGUGGAGACACUCAUCUCCUCCCUCAAGCCCAUCGGCAACAUCGUCCUCAUCUGCUGUGCCUUCUUCAUCAUCUUUGGCAUCCUGGGGGUGCAGCUCUUCAAGGGCAAGUUCUACCACUGUCUGGGCAUAGACACCCGCAACAUCACCAACCGCUCCGACUGCGUGGCCGCCAACUACCGCUGGGUCCACCACAAGUACAACUUCGACAAUCUGGGCCAGGCCCUGAUGUCCCUCUUUGUGCUGGCCUCCAAGGACGGCUGGGUGAACAUCAUGUACAAUGGACUGGACGCCGUCGCUGUGGACCAGCAGCCCGUGCCCAACCACAACCCCUGGAUGCUGCUCUACUUCAUCUCCUUCCUGCUCAUCGUCAGCUUCUUCGUGCUCAACAUGUUCGUGGGCGUCGUGGUGGAGAACUUCCACAAGUGCCGGCAGCACCAGGAGGCCGAGGAGGCGCGGCGGCGCGAGGAGAAGCGGCUGCGGCGCCUGGAGAAGAAACGCCGGAAGGCCCAGCGGCUGCCCUACUAUGCCACCUACUGUCCCACGCGGCUGCUCAUCCAUUCCAUGUGCACCAGCCACUACCUGGACAUCUUUAUCACCUUCAUCAUCUGCCUCAAUGUGGUCACCAUGUCCCUGGAGCACUACAAUCAGCCCACGUCUCUGGAGACAGCCCUCAAGUACUGCAACUACAUGUUCACCACCGUCUUUGUGCUGGAGGCUGUGCUGAAGCUGGUGGCAUUUGGUCUGAGGCGCUUCUUCAAGGACCGGUGGAACCAGCUGGACCUGGCCAUCGUGCUGCUGUCGGUCAUGGGUAUCACGCUGGAGGAGAUCGAGAUCAACGCAGCGCUGCCCAUCAACCCCACCAUCAUCCGCAUCAUGCGGGUCCUGCGCAUUGCCCGGGUGCUGAAGCUGCUGAAGAUGGCCACGGGAAUGCGGGCCCUGCUGGACACCGUGGUGCAAGCUCUGCCCCAGGUGGGCAACCUGGGCCUCCUCUUCAUGCUGCUCUUCUUCAUCUAUGCUGCCCUGGGAGUGGAGCUCUUCGGGAAGCUGGUCUGCAAUGACGAGAACCCGUGUGAGGGCAUGAGCCGGCACGCCACCUUCGAGAACUUCGGCAUGGCCUUCCUCACGCUCUUCCAGGUCUCCACUGGCGACAACUGGAACGGGAUCAUGAAGGACACACUGCGGGACUGCACCCAUGACGAGCGCAGCUGCCUGAGCAGCCUGCAGUUCGUGUCGCCGCUGUACUUCGUCAGCUUCGUGCUCACGGCCCAGUUCGUGCUCAUCAACGUGGUGGUGGCCGUGCUCAUGAAGCACCUGGACGACAGCAACAAGGAGGCCCAGGAGGACGCUGAGAUGGACGCCGAGCUCGAGCUGGAGAUGGCCCACGGCCUGGGCCCCGGCCCGGGGCCACCCGCCGGCUCCCCGGGGGCACACGUGCCUGGCUGCGGGCCAGGAGGGGCGGGUAGCGCGGGCGACGCCGAGGGCCGCCUGAUCCGAAACUGCUACUCGCCAGCCCAGGAGAACCUGUGGCUGGACAGCGUCUCUUUAAUCAUCAAGGACUCCUUGGAGGGGGAGCUGACCAUCAUCGACAACCUGUCCGGCUCCAUCUUCCACCACUACUCCUCGCCGGCCGGCUGCGAGAAGUGUCACCACGACGAGCAGGAGAAAACGCUGGGGCCCCAGCAGCCCCUUGGGGAGGGGCCCCAGUGCCUGCUAGCACCUGAUGGGAGAGGGAGCAAGGAGAGCACCGAGCAUCCUGAGAGGAGCCUGGCCUCCCCGCCUGCAGAGAAGCGGGGACCGCGCGCAUCGCGGCGCAUCGCCUCACAGCGGAACGCCGCGCACUCGGAGCCGGCACGGCUCAGUGUCAGAGCUGGCCGGCCGGGUGGGCGAGGACGCCUGCGGGAGCGCGCGGCGCGGGGUCGGCCUGUCAAGCUGAGGCGCAGCGUGUGCGUGUCCUCGCGAGUGAGCGCGCGCGGCGGGGAGAGGGCCGGGAGGGGCGUGAGCGCGCGCGGGGUCGGCGAGGGUGGCGGCGUUGGGCGCGCGCCCCGCGGGGCGGGCGUCUGGUGGGUUUGA